AUGGACCGUAAACUUGUUGUGAAAAUUGCUGAAGGUGGAAAAUGCGAUGAGAAAUGUGAUCGCAUAUCUACAGUGUGGACCGCAGAACGUGAAUACGAUGAAGACCUGGGAACUAGGAUAAUGGAAAUAGAUAUGGUUGAAGCUCAACUAAUAAUUGAAGAGGUGCUUCAAACAUUUGAUUCUAUUCAAGUAAAAGGACAAAGCAUUAUAGAGAUUGACAACGAACAAGCUUUGGGUAUUCAAGUCUUAGAGAGUGCACUGGUUGUUAGAUCAAGCUCAACAAGAUAUUCGUUGAAAUGCAAUGACGAUAGGUGUGGGUGGUGUGUGCGUGCUUUCAGAAUUAAAGAUUCAACACUGUUCAAGAUAGUAAAGAUUGAGAAAAAUCAUGACUGCUCUAUUAACACUAUGAAAGCUUAUCAAAGGCAUGCAACUUCAAAGUUGAUUAGUGGUUACAUUAUUGACAAUCUUCGAGACCCAAGGUUUGAAGUUACACCAACUUUUGUCAUGGCAGAAAUGCACAAAUUGCAUGGACUAUACAUUGGGUAUCACAAGGCGUGGCGUGCUAUUCAAUGUGCUUCUGCUUUAAUAAGAGGAACUCUUGAAGAGAAUUAUGAAUUAUUAUCUUCAUACUUGUAUAUGAUGAGAAGUAAAAACCCGGGAACAUAUACUAACAUAAAGAUAGACGACAACAAUAGGUUUCUUUAUAUGUUUUAUGCAUAUAGAUCAUCAAUAUCUGGUUGGAAUCAUUGUAGACCAGUGAUUGUUGUUGAUGCAACUUUUUUGAAGUCAAAAUUUCGUGGUGUUAUAAUGAUUUCAGUUUCAAAGGAUGCCAAUAACCAAAUUUUUCCACUAGCCGAAUAG